AUGGCGCUCAUUAUAUCCAAGCUAUUCAGUGGCAAGCAGCAACAACUACUACAACUAGACCUUUUCUCCUCCAUCACAAGCAAUCCAAUCAACAGGAACAUGGUGUGGGUAUAUCAAGCUGGAAACCAAUGGAUACCCCUCGACGACAGCAGCAGUGCCAUGAUUGAUCGGUACUUCUCUCUGCAUCGACCUGGCGAAAUCCUUGUCCACAGACUCUACCGUGCCUGGGUCGACCCCUCUGCGUUAUAUCUGCGUUUCCUUUCAAAUGGUGUUCAUGCCCAAAUUGCCAGAGUCGGGUAUUAA